UUUCAUCCUUGAUAAAUCUCAAGAGCACACUCUCUUUUCAGCUUCCUCUUUCGUUUUCGUUGCGGGUGGAUUUUUGAUUUUUCCAGCGAGACUGCAUUGGCUUGCCUCCACCACCACCGCCAGGAACAACCUCAAAUCUCUUACAGCUCACAUCCACACAGACCAAAUGGCCGCCAUUCCGCAAGGGUUUGGCGACUUUUCGUCGAGCGACAGCGACCUGAAUGGAGGUUACAGCGACCUCAAUUCAUACUCGUCCCACUACGCCGGGACGCUUGGCGACGACUCGGACGCGAGCGGCGAGAUGGAGGACUCGAUGCCCACCAUGGAGGAAAUGUCCAUCGACGACUCGCUCACGCCCGUCGAGCGGAUGCUCAAGUACGCGCGCAGCGACCUGGUGCUGCACCGAUUGUUUGUGGCCAAAGACAUUGUCGACACGCUGCGCUCCAGCCUGCAGGACUCCAACAUGGACAGCAUUCUGCAAGUUGUCGGCGACCUGAUGGCCGACCCCGAGCCGCUCAUCCGCCAGGCGAUUCUCCAGCAGGCCGCCCCGCUCGCCAAGGUCGCCUUUGCCCACCCGCAGCUGCCCAACCCUCGCGCUGCCGUUGUCGAGUUGCUCCGAUUAUCAAGCGCCUUGCUGCCCGACUCGAUCGAGUCGGUUCGUCAGGUUGCGCAGACGGCCUUUUUGAGCAUCCUCGAGCUCGGAGCCCUGCUGCCGUCCGACAUUGAGACGCUCGUGUGCCCCGUCCUGCUGCGUUUGGCCACCGACGAUCUCGAGGACGAAAACCGCAUGAACGCCAUCACGCUGAUGAGCAAGAGCACGCCGUUUGUGAGCCGUUCUGUUGUGGAGCGCAUCUUUUUGCCCCAAAUUUGCAUUCUGUCCGAGGACGCCAUGUUCCGCGUCCGAAAAUCCUGCGCUUGCGCCAUCGGCCCGAUCUCCUUGGCCAUCGGCACCAAGCUCACUGUUGACCGCUUGUUGCCAAAGUACAUCCGCAUGUGCUCGGACAAGAUUUGGGGUGUGCGGAAAGGCUGCGCCGAAAGCCUGCCGGAUAUCGCUCAAGUGGCAACGCCCGAGAUUCGCGAGACUGCUCUGGUUGGCAUCCUCGAGUCGUUUGCCACUGACGUGUCGCGCUGGGUGCGCAGCUCGGCCUUCCAGUUCUUGGGCCCGUUCAUUGCCACCUUUGCCAACACUGCCGAAUGCGUCGAGUAUCCCGUCCCGCCGCCCGAACUCCGGGAACAGCAUGGUCUCGACGCACCGUCGACUGAUGAGUCCUCCGAGGCGGAAGUGAACGCGACCGCAAUGACCCUCGGCGGAGUCACCAUCGACGAGAGCGCUGACGACGCAGCUUCUUCAUCGCGCACCACCGAGGACGAAACCCCCGCAUCUCCCCCGCCAGUCGUUGCCAGUCCCACUGCCGCUUCCGUUUUCACCAUCGCGUCUCCUGCAAAGCCCGUCUCCGAAAUGAACAAGGUCGAGGACUUUAAUGCGUUUAAUUUCUGGCGGGCACCCAUCCCUGCGUUCGAGAUUGACGCUGCCUUGCUCUCUCCUGCCAAACCCUCUCCUGCCAAGUCUGCCGCAGCACCCGCACCCGCACCUGCAGCACCCGCCACCACAGCGCCCGCUACUGCCGCACCCAUCGCCACCACCACGCCAGCUUCAACGGCCUCGCCCGCGCCAGCUGUUUCUGCGACACCCGUCCCCGCCAAAGAGGUGGAGCUGCCGUACAAGCUUCUAGAAUUUUACAUCCAAAUGGCCGAGCCCAGCAGCACUCGAAGCAUCGACAACGACAUUGGCUUCCAUUGCGCGUACAGCUUGCCCGCAGUGGUGCUUAUUUUGGGUGCCUCCAAGUGGCGCCUCGUCCGCGACACCUUCUUGACGUUGUCGCGCGAUUUGCAGUGGAAGGUCCGACGGUCUCUUGCGCAUUCUCUGCACGAGCUGGCUGCCAUCAUUGGCCCCGAGCUGACCGAGACGGAUUUGCGACCCGUUUUCGACGUCUUCCUGAAGGACCUCGACGAGGUGCGUGUCGGCGUCGUGAAGCACUUUGCCGACUUUUUGACCCACCUUGCGCCAGAAGCGCGCGCCCAGUACCUGAGCAUGCUCGAAGAGCUCAAAAAGACGGAGAACACGCAAAACUGGCGCUUCCGUCGCCUGCUCGCCAAGCAGCUUGACAAGCUCUCGCAGCUCUUCUCUGCACACGAAGUCAAGAAGCACAUCAGCCCUGUCACCCUGGCUCUGGCGGCGGACGACGUUGCCUCCGUCCGUGGUGUGGCCCACCGCUCGCUCGCCUUCAUGGUCAACCGCCUCUUGCAAGAAGGCGCCACAUCUAGCACCACUGGUUCGAUUGCGGCCUUGGCGUCCGAUCUUUCCAACCACGUUAUCGAACAGUUUGCCUGCGGCCCAAGCUUUGUUAGCCGCAUGAAUUAUGUGCAAAUUUGCCAGCAUUUUGUCGAAGUGGUUGCUCCCGAAGCCUUCACCACUCGCUUUUUGCCAAGUUUGCUCUCCCUUGCCAACGAUCGCGUUGCGAACGUGCGCCUGUCGCUCGCGCGCCUGAUCACCCAAACAUUGCUUGUUCGAGACUAUUUUGUGGCACUAUCCACUUCCGACGCAGUCUUCCAAAGCACGCUUCAGCAACUACGGACGGAUCGGGACCGCGAUGUUGCCUACUAUGCCAACCUCGCGCCCGGCUCUGACUCGACCAAUCCCCUUGUUCUGGAGAUUCAGGCCGAAGAAGCUGAUGAUUUGCUAGAUGGCGUGGCAUAAUCACAAUUCGUCUUGUAUUGUUGUCGCCCUGCAUGCAUCUUGGUUUGUUUUGAUGUUCGUUGUUUUUAUGUCAUUCCCCCUCCCCUUUCUUGUUAGGCUUUAUUUUGUUCCUGCCUCUUUCCUAUCUACCCCUUCUUUUCAUCUCAUUUGCUGCUUUUUUUUUUUUUUUUAAAAUCGGUUAAUUCCCUCCCCUCUCUGCGCCCGGGCGCUUGCGAUGUACAUGAAAGCGUGUGCCUCGCAGAUAACUCUUCCUGUUGGUACUGUAUGGCUUGAUCAUGUUUUGAUUUUCAGUACACUGUGUUCCAAAUCCA